AUGUUGCGCAAACCGUACAUGCGCAUUCCCUACACGGAUGUAUUAGCACCGCCGACCGUCACGCCCCGGAGCGCCAACACGCUGAGGGGCGCCGUCGCUGCCCUGCACGACUUCUUCGCCGCACCCACGCCCCGCGGGUCUCCGGCCUCGGCCUUGGUCCUCACAGGUGCCGGCAUCUCGGUGGCUAGUGGCCUGGCCGAUUACAGGGGCACCAACGGCACGUACCGUGUGAACAAGACAUACCGGCCGAUAUACUACUCAGAGUUCUUGCAGAAUCACGAGGCGAGGAAGAGGUAUUGGGCGAGAAGUUUCCUGGGGUGGACGACGUUGCACAAGGCCAAACCCAACGCUGGGCAUUAUGCCGUAAAGCACCUGGGCGACCUGGGCCUGGUCCAGAAAGUCAUCACGCAGAAUGUGGACUCGUUCCAUCCGAAAGCACAUCCUCAAAUUCCAACCAUCGAGCUACAUGGAUAUCUAAGGGCGCUAGUGUGUGUCUCGUGCCAUCAUGAGCUUCCCCGAGACGUCUUCCAGGACGAGCUGGCGCGGCUCAACCCAGCCUGGGCCUCUUUCCUGCAAGAGAUAAUCGCAUCUGGUGCGCUCGACACGGAGAAUCCCGAAGAGCGCCGCAAAAGAGGCAUGCGGACGAACCCCGACGGUGACGUCGACCUCCCGGACGCACCUUACACGACCUUCCGGUACCCGGCCUGCCCGCGUUGUCUGGCCCACCCCCCCAAGCUGACAGACGGCACGAGGGCUACCGUUGAGGUCGAUACCGACGGGGCCUGGAAGUCGGGCAGCAACGCCGGCAUCUUGAAGCCGGCAGUGACCAUGUUUGGGGAGAGCAUCCGUGGCCAAACCAAGAUCGACGCAGACCACGCCGUGGAGGCGGCGGACAAACUCCUCGUGCUGGGGACCUCGCUGGCCACGUAUUCUGCCUGGAGGCUCGCGAAGAGGGCGAAAGACAGAGGUAUACCAAUUGCCAUUGUCAACCUGGGAGGUGUGAGGGGAGAGGAGACCUUUUUCACCAAUCUAGAUGCUCUUCAGAAAGGUGCCCAAGGUGCCAGGAUUGACAUGUCAACCGAUGCACUGCUGCCGGCUCUCGUAGAAGAGCUGCGACUCGGUGCACGUGCUCAGCAAGCACAGGAAAGCAUAGAUCAUAGCCCCGAAGAGCAUGGCGCUUCGGUCUUCAAGGACAUGAUGUCCUGA